CAUCUUCACGCUUCGCCCUCCUCCUCCUUCUUCUCGUCUCGUUUUCGGGCCAACAGACUUCCUUUCUUCUUCUUCACGGUGAUUAUUUGCAGAAGAAUAAUCGGAAAGGAGGAGGAGGAGGAGGAGGAGGAGGAGGACGGAGGACGGAGAAGAAGACGGGAAUGGUGAAGUUCUCGAAGGAGCUCGAAGCUCAGCUGAUCCCGGAAUGGAAAGAGGCCUUCGUCAAUUACUGGCAGCUGAAGAAGCACGUGAAGAAGAUCAAGCUCGCGAGAAAGCCCACGAAACCCUCUCAUCCAGAGGCACUGAUCAAAUGGGAUCUCGCGAGCUCCGUCCUCAUCGACCCCGUCCGCUCCGUGGCAAAGAAGAUCGCCGACAGGCUUCGCGGCCCCAUCGACGAUAACGAAACCAUCGCUCAAGUAGUGAUUCAGGUGACGAGUGAGAACUUGGAGAAUGGACAGGUAGAGGGCGAAGCGCAUGAAACAGAACUCACUAAGCUGUUCAAUGAAGAACACGAGGUGAGAGUGUUCUUUGAGGCGCUGGACGAAGAGCUUAAUAAGGUGAACCAGUUUUACGAUAACAGGGAGAGAGAGUUUCUGGAGAGGGGAGAGGAGCUCGAUAAGCAGCUGCAGAUCUUGCAAGACCUGAAGACCAUAGUGAGCGAGAGGCGACGCAGGAAUUCGUCGUCCCUGAAGGCGAAUGGCAGUCACGAGGGAAGCAUCUCGCGUUCUUCUUCUCCCCGUGAUUCUGAUUUUUCAUCAGAGAGCUUUGGCGACCUCCUCAAUGAGAACUCCAUGGAAGCCUUAGAGGAAGGUCAGGGGGUUGCAACCCAAGGGAAAAAUGGCGCGAGUCAUGUGAGCUCGGUGACGAGGUCAUCGUCAAGGUCGAAGCCGAGAGGCAAGCCAAAGACGGGCAUGACGAAGAGGAUUCCGAGCACAGCAACGCCGGCAGGCGCGAUCACGGCUCUCACGUCGAUGCUGCGGGACGAACUUGUGAACAGCAAGAACACGAGAAAGGACGGGACCAGAGAUUCCAGCAUCAGCAAGAAGAAGAUCCAGUGUGCUGAGAAGAUGAUCAGAGGUGCUUUUGUGGAGCUCUACAGAGGGCUUUGUCUGCUGAAAAACUAUAGCUCAUUAAACUUGAUGGCCUUCACAAAGAUUUUGAAGAAAUUCCACAAGGUUGCAGGUCAACAAGUGUCCACAAAUUAUCUAAAAGAAGUGAAGAAAUCCCACUUUGUCAGCUCAGAUAAGGUUAUUAGACUAAUGGACGAAGUGGAGUCCAUCUUUACCAAGAACUUUGCCAACGAUGACAGGAAAAAGGCCAUGAAGUUCUUAAGGCCACACCAGCAAAGAGAUUCUCACACGGUCACGUUCUUCGUCGGAUUACUCACCGGAUGUUUCGUCACAUUGUUUAGCUUAUACGCGACGCUAGCACACCUCACCGGCGUUUUCGCCUCCAAUGCCGAUCCUACUUUCGUGGAAAUUGUGUACCCUGUGUUCAGUGCCUUCGCAUUGUUCAGCUUGCACCUGUUCAUGUAUGGAUGCAACCUCUUCGCAUGGAAGCGGACUCGAAUCAACUACAACUUCAUAUUCGAAUUUUCGCCCACCACGGCGCUCAAGUACCGAGAUGCGUUCCUCAUCUGCACCGCCUCCAUGACGACUGUGGUUGCUGCGAUGGUCGUUCACCUCCUCCUGCGCCCCGACAAAACCUCUCCGAACUGGGUCGACGCAAUUCCAGGAGUCCUCCUUAUGAUUUAUAUAUUGUUGCUGGUAUGUCCGUUCGAUGUCUUCUAUCGUCCAACCCGAUACUGUUUCAUUCGGAUCAUAAUUAACAUUAUCUGCUCACCUUUUUGUAAGGUUUUGAUGGUAGACUUUUUCAUGGCUGACCAACUAACCAGUCAGAUUCCAUUGCUGAGGCACAUGGAGACGACAGCCUGCCACUUUCUUGCCGGAAGCUUCAAAACACACCAAUAUGAGACCUGCAAAUCGGGGCAAUUUUAUAGAGAACUCGCUUAUGUGAUCUCAUUCUCACCGUACUACUGGCGUGCCAUGCAGUGUGUGAGAAGAUGGUUUGACGAGGGCGAUGCGAACCAUCUGGCAAACAUGGGGAAGUACGUCUCAGCCAUGGUGGCAGCCGGAGUGAGGAUCACAUACGACCAUCAGAAGGGGACGCCAUGGCUGAUAGUAGUCUUGGUGACCUCAACUGUGGCGAUGUUUUAUCAGCUUUAUUGGGAUUUCAUCAAAGAUUGGGGCGUCCAACCGAAGAUCCAGAACCCUUGGCUCAGAGAUGAUCUAAUCCUCAAGAACAGAUGCAUUUAUUUCAUUUCCAUCGCUUUGAACAUGGUUCUGAGGCUUGCUUGGGUAAAGACAGUUCUGCAGUUCCGAGGGGGAGUCGUUGAAUCGCGUUUGCUAGAUUUGUUCAUGGCUUCAUUGGAAGUGAUUCGUAGGGGACAUUGGAACUUCUACAGAUUGGAGAAUGAACAUUUGAACAAUGUUGGGAAGUUCCGAGCCGUGAAGACGGUUCCUUUACCAUUUAGAGAGAUGGACUUGGACGACUGAAUUAAGCCACUAGACCGAGGCAAAGCUGUCAUACAUCACUACCAUUUAGAGGCAACCAUGAGAAAUUCUGCUGCUGCCCCCCCAAGCAUUAAUGCGCUAAUCAACUCCUGCUUCAAUUGUAACUGUAUGUACAAUUCGGUUUAUCAAUCUAUGUAUAGAACAAGAUCAGAUCUUUCAUCACCAGGGGUCCCAAAUCCGCGUGUAAGAGAGUGAAGGAUGCCUGUCGUGAGAAUUGAUUGUGUUGCAUAUUCUAGCAUUCUAGUAUUGAUUAGCGAUGGAGGAAUGCUAAUUGCA